ACGCUCUGAACCGGCGUCUCGCCCUCACUCGUGGCACCUCACAAAGCUCGAUGAAGGCCAGCCGGACUUUAACCCCGCAGAGAUGGAUGCCCUGAGCAGCGCCUGGCAGAACACUUACCCUGCCAGCGUUUCGACCACUGACCUGUCCGGCAGGUUCGACUACGGCGGCGGCGGCGGCGGCUACUUGAGGAAGAGUCCAGACCAGUACAGCUCCAGGGGCAGCAUGGAGAGCCUGGACCCGCCCCAGUCCACUCAGCUCUACUCCGCCUUUCAGAACCAGCACCUGCUCGGACACCCCGGACACAUCGGGCUUCACUCGGCGUACUCGUCCUGCCACCAGCUGUCCUCGGCCAGGUUCGUCACAAGGUCGUCGAACAGCAUCGACCACCUGCACAGCAAGCGAGACUCCGCCUACUCCACCAGCUCCAGCAUCCCGGAGUACCUGGCCUCGACCCCGACCUUCAGCCCGGAGCGCUCCUGCUCCCUGGAGACCGUUCCUCAGAGGGGCGGGGGGAGCGCGGAGAUGCUGCAGGCAGACGUUCACGGCGUGCYGCCGGCCUACGACGCCCAGCAGGGCGGUCCCUGUCAGGAGUUAAGCCCCGCCUCCACCGCGUUGCUUAGCAGCAGCGACUCCAGGGACGGGGCGAGACCGGGGCCGAACCGAGACCUCCAAGUGGGUGGGGUUUGUUACCGUGGCAACAGCGUUAGCAACAAGAGCGGCGCCCCGGCUUCGAACAGACACAGCGUGGGACCCAUAUGGGGCGCGGCGGCCAGCUACAGCUCCUACGAGAGCCUGAAGGGGGCGCCGGCUCCACCGAGGCGCAGUGACAGCUACGCCGCCAUCAGGAACCACGAGAGACCCAACUCCUGGUCCAGUCUGGACCACGCCCGGUCCCUGAGGUCUCUGCAGAAAGGUUCCUGGCACCACUCCAGCGGACCCGUCGCCUCAGCUAAAGGUCCGUACGGUCUUGAGGGUCAGCUCCACACCGUGAUUGAGAAGAGUCCAGAGAGCAGUCCCACCAUAAAGCCUCGACAGGGCGGAGGGUUCUCCCAGCCCCCGUCUCCAACCGGACCCUCCUCUGGACCUGCAGGUCCUCUGAAAGGGAAGGACGAAAGGAUGCCGGCUGCAGAAAARGGCCACCAAAAUCAUUUUUCACCGUCGUCUUCUUCAGGAUCUGCCUCUUCGCAGAUCAGGACCCGAGCGAGCGAGGCGGACAGUCGGCCUCAGCACCAAGAGUCCAACGUUGGGACCCACAGGACGCAGGCCACAACAGCCGGGGGCGACUUCGACGGACAGACUGGAUCCCAAAGACCCCAGAAUCACCRGGGACCCUUCAGCCAGGCUUUCCAAUUUUACCAUUCCCAGGAGCAGAUCCAGGAUUUCAGGACUACCCCGGUCCACUCAGGUCCAAAUCUUAGAGGGUCUUCCUCUCAGGAGAAGAGUGACCCCCGAGACAAGAGCCGGUCCAGAGACCAGACCAGUAUUUAUCCAGAGCCGGCAGCAUCUUCCCGACUCCCCCGGGGACAGGUGCGACCCAGCUGCAACUCACCUGCUCAACCGCAGCUUCAGGCUCCGCCCACCUCCGUCCCGCAGCCGUGUCUUCGUCGCCACAGUGACUCGGCGGCGCCUCACUGGAACCACAGGGACCACGACCGAGACGGCGAGCACCCGCUGACCCUUCUGGAGAACGCUCUGCAGGAGGUGCAGCGUUCCUCCAGCCCCACCGGCGGCGUCCCUGGCAACAACCACGACAGCGGCGGGUURGGCGACGACGCCCACGGCCCCGCCCACAGCCUGUCGGUGUUGGAGAAGGUCAGUCGUUUCGAGCGUCGGGAGCGUGGCGGAAAACAGAGAAGCAAGAGCACGAGUGUCUCUUACAGCAAAACGCCUCUGCAGACGACRGAAAAAGGCCGAAGUUUCCCCUGUGGAGCCGAAGACCUCCGAAAUAUGUUGGAGAGAAGCACCAAAGAGGCGAAAGCUCACAGGACCAUGAGCUACAGAGGAGGCAGCACCGAGAGCGGCAGACACGGGACUUCAGCAGAUCCUGUUUCAGCUCUUCAGAGAAGUCGCAGCAGCUUUCAGCUCGAUGUGUCUAAGGACGGGGACGCCAGCAAGGACUUCCCCUGGAAACAGAAGAUCCUAGAGAUCAUGGACCCUCUACAGGACAAGUUCUCCACCAGGGACUCGCACAGAGACGGCCAGCCGAACGUCCAUCGAUCCACUUCCUUCAGACGAAACGACCUGAACUCUUCAGUCCACCAGCAGCCUUGCUUCACCCCUGCCAAGAACCACUCUCUGGAGAGAAAAGGUCCAAAAACCAAGCCCAAACCUCAGGGCGUUGUCAUCGCUCCGCAGUCCCCGGUCACCUCCCGUCACACGCCAAAGGAGAGGCACGUGGUCUGUCCCGAUGUCCGAGGCCAGAGCCCUCCGCCCCUCCCCACCAUUCCUCCAGUCGGACCUGUUCCUCCUCCCCUGAUGAGAAUCUGCGGCCGCAAGCGUCUGACUGCCGAUCAGAAGAAGCGUUCWUACUCAGAACCAGAGAACAUGAACGAGGUCGGAGUGUCGGAUCCUGAGAUCGAUACCCUCCUACGGCGUGGAGAAACCAGCGUGGCCGACCGCAGGAAGAUGUUUGAGCURGCCGCAGUACGCGACGGCGCUCCUCAGAGAACCAUGUCUAGGUUCGACCUCAGACAAGUUCGUCAAGACGCCCUCGCUGAGUACGUGGAGAGGAAGACCGGGGUCAAGAGAGAAGGAGGGCCGAGGAACGGAACGAGGCCUCGCAGCGCUUUCUUUCAGAARGAAAAUGGAAGCCACUCAGACACCUUCAGCCUGUCCUCCACCUCCAGCCUUCUGUCCCUCCAGGAGUCCACCCCGGAUCAGAACAUCCUCUCUGGGGAGAGGCGUCUCUGCUCGACCCUUCCGGUCGGCACCGAUCUGCGGAGCUUUCAGACGAACCUUUUCUACCCCGGCAGGGUGACCACACCCAGACCCCCCGCUCAGCUAGGACCCAGAGCUUCCACGGGUUCGGCUGUUGAGCUCCACACCCAGGUCUACCAGGACUUCAACCCCGAAGUGGCCUUCAAGAGGCAGAGUCAUUGCAGAAAGUUGAGUGGAGACCAGCAGAACGCAGAGGCUCAACUCAAGCCGGGCCUUUCUAAGAAGCUCAAUGAGGCUCUGAAGCGGGCCGGGUCCCACCGAGGGUCCGGGAGGUCGGCCUCCGCUGAGGAUCUCCUGGAGCGUCUGGAGGAUCAGCCGUACUCUCCUCAGCACCAGCGCUCGCGGUCCUCCCCGACCAUAGAGGAUCUCAAACAGAACCUGAUUUCAGGUGACGUCAAGAUGUUUGGCGUGUCUUUCUCUGAAGCCGACCGCUGCGUUCUGGCUGCAGAUCGACCUGCAGAUGUCCACAUCGUCCCUCCUCUGCCAUCCCACUUCAGUGAGUCGACUGUCCGAUUUGGGGGACUGUCUCAAGACCACGCCCACAUCCCCGUCACUCGCAGGGAGCGACAGAGGAACGGCGAGCGGCAGCACGCCCACAGCACCUCCACCCUGGCGGCGUCGGUCGGCCUCCCCUGCCCCUUUUCUCCGACGGAGACUCGGGGCGGCGUUGAGUGGAGAACCAGCGAGAGGCUCYGUCGGGCCAACGCGGACGCCUUCGGUUUCCCCGACGACAAGACGGACAGACGGACGAGACACAGUCUGAGUGACGUUUUAGGAGACGCCUCAGAGGGCGGAGCCUUCAGUCCGGAGUCGACGGGGGGGCGUGUCCAUGAAAAUGGGAGCGUCACGACGCUUCCGUCCACCUGUGGCCACCUGUCCUCCCUGAGGAUCUCAGAGUCCAGCCUCUGUGGGUCCUGGGACCAGCAGCAGCUAAAGGCUUCAACAGGAACCCCCCAGGAGGACUACGACGAGGUCUUCUUCCAAAGUCUUCUUCCUCCUCCUCUUCCUCCUUCGCCUUUAAAAGAGACUAACAUCUUGGAGGACUUCCCUCCUCCUCCUCCUCCUCCURRGGAGCUGGAAGCUGAACCCGAGCCCAGUUUUCCUUCAGAUUUCCUGAACAACUCGAACAGGAAGUCUURGUCCCGGUCCUCACCACAGCCGAGUCCACCGCUGAGUCCGCCCCCGUCCACCUCCGUCACCGCCUCCACCACAGCCGAAGACGAGCUGGAGUAUCAGCUGCUGCUCAGAAGAGACAAAACGCCCGAAGAGCUGAGAGCGGAGARGCUAGCUCGUCAGCUGGUGCUGCYGGACCCGUCUCUGGCGCCGCUCCUGGACACCUGGGGGGGUAAAUCCACAGUGGACCUGAUGGAGGAGAUCUUUAAAAACAACAGAGGGACCGAUAAAACCGAAGAGCAGCUCAGAGACGUCGCAGAACCCCAGGAAAGGAAGCAGGACGGCUCUGAUCAGAAGAAAGAGACGAAUCUGGACGAUGAAGAGUUGGACCUCAACGCCAAGAAYGUGGAGCUGUGCGAGGCGCUGAGGAGCAGCGUGGCGGCGCUGCAACAGGACAAACUGCUUCUGGGGGAGGAGCUGAGGCYCCACCAGGCUCUGGGGUCCAGCCUCCAGGUUCUGGUCCAGGACCGGCUGAAAACCAACGAGCGGGAGAAGUACAGCGUGUUCAUCGGAGACCUGGAGCGGAUCGUGAACCUGCUGCUGUCUCUGUGUGGACGUCUGUCCCGGAUCGACAGGACGUUGCUCUGCCUGCAGAGGGACGAGCUGAGGACGGAGGGCGCCGCCGAGGAGAAGGACUCCCUCCAUCACAAGCGCUCCCUGCUCCUUCACCAAACCGAAGACGCCCGGGAGCUGAAGGAGAACCUGGACCGCCGGCAGCGGGUGGUCCACYCCAUCCUGUCGGGCUACCUCAGCGAGGCCCAGCUCCAGGACUACCGCCGCUUCGUCAGCGCCAAACCCUCCCUGCUGAUCCGCCAGCGCCACCUGGACGACCUCAUCCGGCAGGGGGAGGAGCAGCUGGCACGGCUGCUGGAGAGUCUGCCGCCGGAGGUGGCCGAGGCCCACYGCUGGUCCACGUCCUGCUCUCCUCUGGCUCCGCCCUUUAGGAUUACAGGCUCCGCCCACUCUGUCAGACCCACCACAGUGACGUCACUGUGAAGAUGAACCACGAUGGACGUUCGAAGGAUUUUGUUUGGUUUUUUUUUUUAAACAAAGACGAGACUCAAACGCCCCAAAACUGUCUGUCAACGAUCUCAGUGGUGCGUUCAGGGACCUCCAGGAAGCUUUUGUGUUUUAGGACCAAACCCCAAAAACCAGAGGGACUUCCUGUCCAGGUCUACAGAUGUACAUUCAACUCACUGAAACUAACGAUUCUGGUUUCACAGCAUCGUAGUCUGAAGGACGUCUGAAGGACGUCUGAAGGACGUCUUGGCUCGUCACGUCGUCCCGUAACACCACCUCCGUCUGUUUACGCAGCUUUUAGCACUUUCCCGCAGUCCGACACUGUUUUCACUCUUGGUUCAUUUUUAUUUUACGGCACACUAACAUCAGAACAUCUGAAUAAACUUUUCUUUUCUUUCUUUUUCCCUCUGCUGUUUUAUUUAAUAACUAAAACGACACAAAAGAUCACUAAACAGUUAAACCCCCAAAGAUAUUUAAUUUUGUACGAUACGAAUCUGUAAACGCGACACGUUUAUUUUGUGGACGUUGAAACCCUGUAAAUAUCAGAGAAAGACAAACGACUCAUCGUUUGAUCGGAAGUUUUUCUUCAAUAAAAGCACUUUGUCAGCGCG